AUGUCAAAUUUAAAACAAGUAACAGCAGAUGGUUGGGAUCUUACAGCAGAAACAUUGGCAAAAUUCAUUUUGAAACCAACAAUUGGAUUUACAACCUAUUUUGCAAUGGAUGCAUUAAAUUUAACAAUUCCAAAAGAAUUUAAUGAAAAACCAAUGACAAUAUUAGAUGUUGCAGCUGGUACUGGACCAUUAUCAUUAUAUGGUGCAGAAGUUUAUAAAAAUAGUAAAUUCAUUACAACUGAUUUUUCCCCAAAAAUGAUUGAAAUCGUUGAUAGAUUAGUCAAAGAUAAUAAUAUUAAAAAUAUUGAAACCCAUGUGAUGGACGGUCAAAACUUGGAGAUUAUUGAAACCGAUUCAGUGGAUUACACAUUCAGUAUAUUCGGUUUAAUAUUUUUCCCAGAUUUAAUUAAGGGUAUGAAUGAAAUGCACCGUGUUUUGAAAUCCAAUAACCAAAGUCGUGCAGCAAUAGCAGCUUGGUGUACUGAUUCAUUCUUGGUUCAAGUAUUUCAAGAAACCACUGAUCAAUUAUUAACAGAACAAGAAAAUGGUAAACCAACAACUUAUAAUCAAACUGCAUUAUCACUUUCAAAUGAAUCUCUUUUUAAAUCUCAUUUAGAAUCUGUUGGUUUCAUUGAUGUCACAAUAACAAAAGUUGAGCAUCCAAUGGAAAUAAAUGAAAUUUCCGAUUUACUGCCAAUGUUUAAAACUAAUCCUACAUAUUUAGACUGUUUAGAUCAAUUACAUAGCGAAGAAUUAAAAUCAAAAUUUGAUCAAUUAUUCAUUGAAAUUGCAAAUUCAAAAAAUCCAAAAAGAUCUUCUGAAAAUAAUAAAUUACAAUUAACAUCAUUUAGUUUUAUUGGUGUUGGUACUAAAAAAUAA